AGAAGGUUCGCGCAUGCGCGAAGGGGUUCAAUCCGACCGAAAUCUAGGAUCUAGAAUUUUGGCCAUCUAACGGUACUUUCCAAAGGUUUUGAUUUUUUGACACGCUAGAAAACCGUUCAUUUCGUCUCCUUGUUGUGACUGUUGUGAGUGAUUGUAUUAGAGAGUGUACAGAAUUCAACGCACGACCGAUUUUGAAUCGCCCGUUCGUUGUUUGCGAGACGCCUAAACUUGUCCCAGACUUAAAUGGAUAUAAAUUGCAACACGCGGCCCCGUGACAUGCUCUGUGGAAUAUGCAAGAACAUUUUCCUCUUUAGUUUCACCUGAUACACUUCGAGCCGGAGGGUUAAGAUAACGUUACGUUUCGAAGCGCUUGGAAUUUUCGAGAAGCGUCCGGAUUUUUUUCCUUCGGCGGUGCGAAGGACGUGGGGCGGUCUUGUGAGGGGAUAAUGACAUCGCGAGAGGCGCAAGACUUUCGCAUGGCGUACGAGAUGCACGAAAAGUUGAAUUGUUUAGGCGUGACAGAAAACGCAGUUGGCACGAAUCAGAAUAAUUACAUACGAUUGUCAUUGGUCGAUCAAGAGCUGGAAUUGAUCGAUCCUACUCCUAACAUCCAUACGAUGUUCGUGCAGUUCGACAGACGAUUCUUCUGGAAUAGUUUAUCUUCCGUCGAGGUCAAGUGGAGUAACCGAAUGAAAUGUGCUGCUGGAAUUUGUUCCUUCCGCGAUCGUAAUAAACAAUGUGUGAUAUCACUCAGUGCACCACUACUCAAGCUCAGACCAAGGAAGGAUCUAGUAGAAACCUUAUUGCACGAGAUGAUCCAUGCGUAUUUAUUCUUAACAAAUAACGAUCGAGAUCGCGAUGGUCACGGACCGAUUUUCUGCAAACACAUGCAUAGGAUAAAUAGAGAAGCAGGGACCAAUAUAACGAUUUAUCACAACUUUCACGACGAAGUGAAGCUGUAUAGACAGCAUUGGUGGAAAUGUAACGGACCCUGCCAACAUAAGCCGCCAUUUUUCGGAAUGGUUCGACGAAGUAUGAAUCGUGCACCCGGUCCGACGGACUUCUGGUGGCAUGAGCAUAAGCAAAAUUGCAACGGUCAAUUUGUAAAGAUCAAAGAGCCGGAGAAUUUCAAAUCGCGUUCAAAGCAAAGCACCGACAGAUCAAAACCGAUAUCAAAGGACAGCAAAACGAAUCGAAGCAUAACCGAUUGGCUUCCAAAAAAUAAAAUUCUAUACGUACCCACGUCUUCGAAAGCCCUUAAUAGCCCUAGUAGUAACGCCUCCAAGAUAUGUACGGAUAACGAUAAGCCUAGCACGAGUAAAGGCCAUGAGGCGAAUUCAUCUCGCACUUCUGGGAAAGAUAGUCAAGAUUUAUCGCAGAGCAUUAAGAAGCUCGGCAGCGAUAGUAACAACGUGCAUGGCUGGGUUAUUAGUGGGCCGAGCGAGAACGCGCAAAAGGACGAUGCGAAGAAUCUUUCCAAGAACCCCGCGUUUUCUUGUUCCGGUGUUCUGGGGGGCAGUAAUAGUGGUCGGAGUAAUCUCCUCACCAAAUUCGACGUCGAUCAGAGCCGUUUGUACGAAUCGUUCAGGAGAAAGGCAAUCGCGAAAUCGUCAUCGGCAGCGGCGGGGGGGCAGAGAUCCGCUGCCGAUAAUCCAGCCCUAAAUCUAAGUCAACCGAGAAAUAAUUUCGUACACUGUCCCGCAUGUAAUGCACCCAUGACUUCACAAAACAUAUACAGCCACAUAGACUCAUGCCUAAUGAACGACAAUUCAUCGUUGAUCGACGAGAUCAAUAAUAAUAUCAAUAAUAAUAAUAACAAUGAGGAGUUAAUGCUGCCUAUUCGAACGUUCUCCCCGCCGGUGGUGGAGCAGAAUGUCGAUGCUGACGUGGGUCCUAAUAAGCGCUUAAAGGUAGACGAUUCAAGUGAAUACGUCACUUGUCCUGUUUGCGGUAGAAUGAUGCCGGACACGGAUAUCAAUCAGCAUCUCGAUGAGUGUCUAGUGGAAGCAGAUACAGCCCGUAAAGCUGCCAUUCCCUCCACCUCUCGCAAAUCAUUCGAUGACGGUGUAAUCUGGUCUAUAGACAGUUCCUUCAACUCCGAUUUGGAUGAUUCUGCAUUGACUGAGGACCCGGAAGCACAACCUAGUACUAGUAAAAAGGAUGCGGAACGUGAACACAAGUGUUUAGUUUGCAACGCACAGAUCGCACCGGAAAUGUCAUUAAAUGAACAUCUCGAGGAAUGCAUUGGAGGCCUCUUUAAUGACGACACGAUGGUAAUAGAGGAUAAUGAGGACGGUAAUGAUGAUCUUGCUGUAGAAAAUAAUUCUGCGGAAAACAAAUAUCCCUGUCCAGUAUGUAUGGAGGUAAUAUCGGAAAAUCUUAUGAACCAGCAUUUAGAUAUGUGCCUUAAAAAUGAAUAAGUGAUCUUGUGAACGAAAAGAACGACGUGAACGAAUGAACUAUUUUAUGGAUAACGAAACGGCAUUUUUUUUUUAUCUAAAUAAGUAUCGUAAUAAAUAUCUUUUCAUAUGUAAUUUUCAUUUUUUUUUUCGAUAUCGCGAUUUUAUACGAGACAAAGGUAAAAUGUAAAAAAAAAAUAAAAUGAGAAAAUUAUUAGGAAAUAAAUAUGCAAUUAAAAAUGAUGUUUGUAUAUUACUUGUCACGUAUUAUAAAGAAAUUUGAGGUACACCACGACGAAACCUGCAUUACGAUAAAAGGCACAAUUUACAUGCCGAAGUGUAAUUAACGCUUGUGUAAUCUACAUGUAAAAAGAAAAAAACAUCACGUAUAUAUAAUUUCACAUAGUAUAAGUUUUUUUAACGAUUAAAACUGGUUAACAAAGAGCUAGAUUAUUUAUCUAGAAAAUCGUUACAUAAAAUUCUUAGCGUUAUUUUUUAAUAAAUAGUAAACAAUAUCUAAGGCUAUAAUCAGUUAAAAUCUAGAGCUUUAAUCAUUUAGUCACUUAAAACUAAUACAGCUGCUUAUUAUUUCCUAAUGUUUGUAUUUUAUUACGGAAAAAAAACAAUAGAAUAUAAUAGAAUGAUUAUGUAACGAAUCGUUCAGAUGUUCGGCUUACAUCAUUCGGCAUUUGGCUCAUUGGCAGUUAGAUUAUUAAUCAUUUGACUGAUUGAUGCAUAAUAAGGAAAUUUCAGAUAUCAUUUGAUUGAUCAACAAAAAAUACGAGCCGAAAAUCCGAGCUCUAAUUAUGUAAUUAUAUAGAUACCUUUUUUGUACUGUAC